AUGGCGUUGAUUACACGUUUUGAUGAUCUACCCGAUCUAGUAUUGAUCGAGUUGUUCUCAUAUCUAUCAUCUAUCGACAUUCUUUGGGGAUUUACGCGUCUUAAUCAUCAUUUGACAACGUUAAUUAUUGAAAAAGGUUUCUUUCGUCAAAUUAAUUUAUCAUUUGUACGUUAUCAUCAAUUCAAUACAAUUCUUCGUUUUCUUCCAUUGAAUGAUAUUCAAUCAGUUUCAAUUGAUAGUUAUGCAUGUCCACUUCAAUUAACUCUUUGGCCAUAUAUGCCUCGUUUGAGAACUUUGCGUAUUAUAGGUGUAUACAAUUAUGA